AUGCUAUAAAUUCUGAAUACUGUUUAGAAAAUAAAAGAAUCAAAGUCAAUUUCAAAUGAGAGUGUAAGAAUAGAUUCAUCUCAAUCGAAUGUGAUACAUAAUAAUGAGAAAACAAAAUUUUAGAAUCCCGUUUUUAAGAUGGUCCCAUUGGACAAUCUUCAAAGUGUGAGUGAAAAUAAAUAUUCACACAUAUUUAGCUCAUUUGCUCAAUCUUCUAAGCAUGAGGAAUAAUAAUAGCUAUUCUAGUAAGGGAAUUACUAAAAAUCCAAAUAGAGGGCAUUUUCAUUGACAGAACCUCAAACCAUAAAAAAAGAUCACAAAUACAAUGCAUCAGACGGGGAAUUAACAAAUAAGAAGAUUAUCACAGUCCAUACGGCAAGAGUAUUAGAAUGUAUAAGGAAAGAAAGAGACAAGGAAUUGAAUGCGGAAACACCAAAAUUAGGAUAAAAUUAGUUAUAAGAUUCUUAAGUGACAGUGAAAGAGAUAGUUGCUUAAUCAUAAUACUAUUCUCCGAGGGAUAUGGAUCAUAAAUUUAAUGAUUGUUCUAGUUUUUAAGCCAAACAAACAUUAACAACAGCAUUGGGUUCAAUCACAAGCAAGAGUGAGUUGGAUUAGAUUUUGAAGGAUUGCCAAUUAAAUUUUGAGAAGAAUAAGGCAGUCAGAGCUGAUGAAUAUGUUGCCUGUCUUAUAUUUUGA